UCUUCAUAGCUAACGGGUCUACCGGACCGUCAGAAGUUCUGUUUUUUGUUUUUUUUUUUUAAACUUCUAGUUUCCGCUUGUGAUUUCCAUUAAAGACGAUUGACAGCUGAGCUUGCGAUCGGGACGAAGUCUCAAGAAGCUGCUGUGGAAACGCGGGGGGCUGUCAGAAAUGGCCAAAAUUGCACGAUCAGGUGCUGGAGAGGGUCUUCAGGGGUCUUCUGUUCCACAGAGCUCUCCAGAACAGCAGGAAUUGCUCAGUUUUCCAGUACAAGAAAGCUGCCCGGUCCUGGAAAAGCAAAGCAGCUGCCAAGUCAUUCGUGAUGGGGAUUCGUCCAGCAGUGCGCCAUAUGGGAGCAGGUUCUCCUUCUCAGAGGAGUCGAUGGGCUCACUUUUGCCCACAUAUGCCCCCCCUCACCCUUUCAAGCUUGUGCCAACUGAAGACCUGGUGGAUGGAAAGCUACCCAUUGACCCCCCUGAUCCUCCCAAGCUCGUGUCGCUGCCCACUGAGGAUCAACAUCUGAGGAGUUUGGAAGACGAGAGCCGUGCACAUGAGCCGCUGAUCAGAGCCCCCCGUGCUGAGGACAAAGCGAAGCUCCAUUACAGCAAGAGAAGAGCAGAAAAAGAAAAUCUGAAAACCGCGGCACGGGAUGUAAAAGUCAGACAGCGCCAUGGCACACGUAAGGGGGCAGGCAACAGCAGAGAAGUGGGGCACAACGGGCCGCAGCCCACCACACCAGGCAUUUGUGAAGAAAAGAAAAAGAAACGCAGGACAAGGGGGUCCAGAGCAUCUAAAGAGAUCUCCACCAAAAUGAAAAAAGAGCGAUGGCACCGCAGAGAUCCUGGCAUCUCAGUGGUGUGGCUCGCUUUGUGUCUCCUCUGCCUGGUGACGAUUCGGGGUGUGGACGCCAGUUCCAACAAGCUGGCCUGUGCAGGUGAGCCCCACAGGGUGACAUUUCCUUCAUCAGCCUUGGGCCUCCAAAAUGCUGUAACGCUGUACAGGAAUGAUGAGCAGCUGUGCCACGUGUCACCUGAAAACAUUAUGGAGUGUAGCCAUGGAAGUGCCAAGUGCAUGAAAGAUGGCACAAGUCUGUGCCAGGAGUACGGGAACCUUGUUUACAUCAUAAACGACGCUUCUGAAGAAGACAAUGGGCGCAUUGUGCUGGAAACGGACCACGGGUCAGAACCCAAGCAGAUCAAGAUUACAGAUUGCAAGCAGAAACCAAGGCAAGAAGGAGGCCUGACGUCUUCACCCUCCGCUCCCACUCCGGACCCUACGGCACAAGGCCUGAGGUCUUCAUCUCCCACUCCCACUCCGGACCCUCUGGCAAGAGAUCGACUAGUGAAGAUAAUAAUUGGAGUUGUAGUUCCCAUCAUCCUCAUCAUCAUUAUUGCAGCUGGAGUGUGGCACUUCAUCAAAUGCAGGAGGGGUCAAGACGGAGGAGCAGAGGACAUCACGGCAGAGCGUGGAGACCCCAGCGGCACCAGGCUGUUGAUAGAAGUAACUGCCAACGGCAGUGAGAGGAAUGGUACCAGCACAGCACAGCCAAGGGACGAGAUGGAGCUGACAAACCAUCAGAGCGCCGACACCCCUGAGGCACCCAUGGGCUAAUCGACACCACUUCAGCCGCCUUCUUCAUGCCAGGGGCACCGUGGGCAUUUAGAGGAGAAUCAUGUUUGACUUUCUGGUGGUCUAAGAGCCAAUCUCAGAGAGUUCAACUUAAUUUGAAUCUUUCAUAGUCCUAGACAAGGACCCCCUGUAAGUUAAUAGGAGAUAGAACUUUCUUGCUAUAAUUGUAUUCAAUUGAUUUGACCGGU